UUUUGUAUAAUUCCGGUCCGAUCAAGAUCAAAACCAAAGUAAAGGCAUAUGGAUUCUGGAACAAAAGUGAAGAAAGGAGCCGCUGGAAGAAGAGGUGGUGGUGGAGGUCCUAAGAAGAAACCGGUUUCCCGCUCGGUUAAAUCUGGUCUACAGUUUCCCGUCGGUAGGAUCGGUCGGUAUCUCAAGAAAGGCCGUUACUCGAAGCGUGUUGGAACCGGAGCUCCGGUCUAUCUCGCCGCCGUCCUCGAGUAUCUUGCUGCUGAGGUUCUUGAGCUUGCGGGCAACGCUGCAAGAGAUAACAAAAAGAACCGCAUCAUACCACGCCAUGUUUUAUUAGCAGUGAGGAACGACGAGGAGCUGGGGACGCUACUCAAAGGCGUAACCAUCGCACACGGUGGAGUCUUACCAAACAUAAACCCAAUCCUCCUCCCAAAGAAAUCUGAGAGAGCAGCUUCAACUACAAAAACACCCAAGUCACCAUCAAAGGCUACCAAAUCCCCUAAAAAGGUAUAGUUCAUCAUCCCUACUCUCUAAUGUUUCUCUCUAUCUCACUCUGUUUCUCUGUAAAGACAGAGCAUCUCUUACUUUUUGUCCACCAUGUUGUAAACAAUGUGUCAUGUUCGUAUAUAAAGAUACUACGUUUCAUA